AUGUUAUUAGAAAUAUUUCUAUUGGUUAUUUUUGUUGGGUUACUAAUUGGAAUUCGGUGGUUAUUCACACCCUAUACUAAUUGGAAAAACCAGUAAAAAACAGUAAAGAAGGAUGAUAGCAUAGUGAUAAUAUGUGGUGGAAAAGAAAUCAAGUAUUCCACAUAUAAAAAUAAAUCUGAUGUUUAAUUGAGCAUAAUCAUUCCAUCAUAUAAUGAGGAAAAUAGAUUAGGCAGAACAUUAGAGGCUACAUUUAAAGUAAGCAUAGAUACCAAUUCGACUAGCACUUUGAAAAAUAUAACUAUGAAAUAAUAAUCAUUAAUGAUGCAUCUAAAGAUUAGACAUUGGAAGUAGCCAAGAAGUAUUCGGUAAACAAUAAAAACUUUAAGAUUAUUACUUAUAAUAGAAAUAGAGGGAAAGGAGGAGCAGUUAGAUUGGGAAUGUUGGCAGCUGCAGGGAAAAUUUAGUUAAUGAUGGAUGCAGAUUUAGCGACAGAUUUAAAUGAAUAUGAGAAAUUAUCAAAAGAAGUAUAUAUGCAACAAAAUUAUGAUAGCUAAUUAAAAUAACAUAAAAUGGAUUAGGAUUAGUCGCAGGCUCGAGAAACCAUUUAGUGAAGGAUGUUGUUGUUCAAAGAAAAUGGUAUAGAAACUUUCUAAUGCAUUGUUCUAAUUUUAUCAUUAAUACUAUAUGUGGUGUUAGACUAAAGGAUACUCAAUGUGGAUUUAAGUUAUUUACCAAAAACACUUCAGCAAUAUUGUUUAGAGUGUUGCAUUUAGAGAGAUGGGCAUUUGAUGUAGAGUUAUUUAUGAUUGCAUAAAAAUACAAAGUGCCAGUCUCAGAAUUACCUGUCAAAUGGGAGGAUGUAGAGGGUUCCCAUUUAAAUGUAGUAGAAGCCUCAAUUUAGAUGGCUAGAGAUUUUCUAUUGGUCAGAAUCUUAUAUCUAUUAAAUAUUUGGAAUUUCAAGGAUGACAUUGGAUUAUGA